CACGGAAGUAUGUGUGUGCUCAUGGUAAAAGAGCGAUUGUAAGUGGGUAUCCCUCUGAAGUUUAGCAAUACACAUCCCCAGCUUGAUAGGGAGGUUAUGACACAUUGUCCAUCUGUGUCCCAAAGUGACAGGAGCCAUGAAGCUUCGGCUGCACUUUGUGAUGGACCCCAUGGGCUGGUUCUGCACCAGUAUGGUUUUCGCCAUCUGGCUCUACAACUCCUUCUUCGUCCCCAAGUUGGUGCUACUGCCCCAUUUCUAUGAGGGGAAUAUCCCUUGGGCCUUGGUUGUCAGUUACUACUUAGCAUCAGCCCUCUGUAUGGCUGCACUUUUUAGAGCUUCUACAGCAGAUCCUGGCCGACUCCCACCCGACCCUCACAUCCCUCACUCAGAGCGAGAGCAGUGGGAAAUGUGUACCAAGUGCAACAUGAGGAGACCAAAAAGGUCCCACCACUGCAGUCGUUGUGGCCAUUGUGUACGUAGAAUGGACCACCACUGUCCAUGGAUCAAUAAUUGUGUAGGGGAGGACAACCACUGGCUCUUCUUGCAACUCUGUUUUUACACACAGGUCCUCAGUUUGUUCACCCUGGUUCUAGACUUCUGCCAGUUCUAUUACUUCCAGCCCUUGACCACAUUGGACCAGGAGGCAUUCAUGGCACGUCAUGAGCUCGCCCUGAUCCGUGUGUCUGCGAUCAUGGGUCUGGUGAUGAUCGGAGGCAUGAGCAGCCUCUUCUAUACUCAGAUGGCUGGCAUCCUGACAGACACCACCACCAUUGAGAAAAUGGCUCACUUCUCAAAUGAAAUAGGUGGGUCUGGUGGUGGGUCAAAGACAUCCUGGCAGCGGACUCUGGCCGAGGUGUUUGGCACUACCUGGAAAAUCCUGUGGUUCAUCCCGUUGAGGAGCAGGCAACCACUGACCUUUCCCCACCACUUCCGCAGUCAUGUGUAGAUAAGUGGAGCUCUGUCCCACUUCAGUCCAGACGGUAGGCUGCCAUCUCCGACAGAGAAAACACUAUGCAUACUCUCAGCACCCCCCACCUGCCUUCACCUCCCUGUUUUGUGCCAUCUAAGCAGGUUGGUAGUAUUGGUUGGCCAGUGGAUACCUUUUCGUUUUUUCCUAUAGGAAUCACAUUGAAAGUGCUUGAACUGGGUCACAAACUUCUGCCACAGUCGAGAGACAUUUUACCAAGUGCAACCUAAUGCCCUCCCUUAUACUUACUAGGGGCUCCAUUGUGCUCUGUUGUUACAUUGAGGGAACCACUUUAAGGGGAAAUUGCUUUUUAAAGGAAACUUUGCCAAAAGGGAAAUCGCUAAGAACUACAAGUUGAUUGUAGGGCCAUGUAGACCUUCAAACGAUGCUAACUCUAACUCAAUAGCCAAUAGACAGCCAAUUAAAAAAUAUAUAUAAUUUGUGCCUUCUUCUUGGGACUUAUGGUCCAUUCAUGUGUCAUAAAUCAACAGUUUCUGCUGUUGUCUGGUGGGCUGUGGCCUGUUGUUUUCAAGAUAAAAAAUGACAUUUUUUUGUCAAUCUCCCAAGUGGUUUGUAUACUUGCCUUUUACAGAAGGCUAUACAAGUAAUUAUUUUGGUUAGAAGUUGGAUAUCAAGUGGUGGGCAAAUUGGUUUGUGGAUUGCUAUAAGAAAGAGUAGUUCCAUGAUUGAACUGCAUUCCAUAAUGAUAUUGUAAAAGAGUUCCUCUGCUUGACUUUUUUACCCAUAUUUUUUAAAGAAUGUGUUAUGAUGCUCCUACCAAAAAGAAAUGCCACUAGUAACACCUGAUUUGAACAAUGUUAUAAUGCCUCGUACAGAAGGUAAACUUAAAGUUGCCAUGAAACUCAUUAUGUGUCGCAUCUUUGAUAUUUGCUCCAUUAACUUUUUUAUGAAGGGUUUGAAGGAGAAUUUACUCACCUGGCUAAAUAAAGUUAUAUUAUGUUCUAUUA